UAUUUGUCUUGUAACAAUGUCUGCUAUGAGGAAAAAUGUCUUCUGAGGAGCCCUGGGGACGAGAGUGGAAGUGCCACAUGUUGGUGGGGAGGGGGGCUGUGAUGGCGGAGUGAGUGAGUCGCUGUCAGAUGAAAAGUUGAGGUUCCUCAGUGCCUGUGAGGCCUUUACUGAAGGGAUGAUGUGGAAGACAACUCUCAUUAUCUACAUCUUCUCAGCCUCCUACAUCAGCGCCAUCCUCUGUAACAAGUAUGUCCUGUCUGUGCUCCAGUUCACCCUCCCCACCCUCUUCCAAGGCUGGCAAACCUUCACUGCAGCAACAACCAUCUUUGCUGCACACUACUCAGGUCACCUGCAGGUCCGUCGCCUCACACCAGGGGGGGUAGUUGAGUGGCUGCCUGCAUCCCUGUCCUUCAUCGGGAUCAUCUACGCAGGCUCCCGCGCCCUGUCUCACAUUCCCAUCCCCAUGUUUCUGCUGAUACGCAAUUCUGUGGAAUCUUCUAUUGAGAUAUCUCGUUGGAUUGUUCAGAGGACACUCCCAGGUGUUCAGAAGCUAGUUGGAUCAGUCCUGACCGUGCUGUCUGCUGUAGCGUUGUGGCAAGUCGACUCACAGUAUGACAGGGAGGGAUACAUCUGGCUGUUCUACCACAUGGUGUUCCUGGUAGGGUAUAAACUGUAUGCAGAGUUCAAGUCCACGGAGCUGAGCAGUAUGGAGAAACUGUGGUGUAACUCCAUCACCAGUGUGGUACUCUUGGCUCCUGGGAGUAUCCUAUUGGGACAUGUGCAGGAUGCCUGGGACUUUCCUCUCCUUACUCACACACAUUUCCACGUAGCAUUCCUCGCCAGCGGCCCCCUGGCAGCCUGUGUCGGUAUUACAGGCAUCCUGGUACAAGAAGGAACCAAGUUUCCUGACUACAUCUCCUGUACUGUUAAAACCUUAACAAUUCUCAUGUCUUUGAUGGUGUUUCAUGUCACCCUGACCACUACUGCAUUCCUGUGUAUUCUGACAGGGAUUGCAGGUGAGGUGUUACAGAAGAUUGACGUGCAGGACUUCAGUGCCAGGUUAGACUUGAAGCCUGAGGAAAGAACCAGACUCAGUAGUCAUUCCAUGGAAAUAACAACUGAAACCUGAGUCAGCAGUAAUAAGGUCUCAGUAAUUUCAUUUGCUGGUUCUCAGAUUAUUUCUCAAAGUAAUGAAGCAAGUCAGUGCAGGGCUCAAAAUUCAUUUUGGGAAUAGUAAAUUGGUACACCCAACCUAGAAAAUUAGGUGCACAAAAUUUUUUUUUGGGUGCACCAUAUGAAACAAAACCUAAUUUCAGAUCUUACUGCUCCUCUACUGA